CCACGGGGGUUCUAUUUAUAGAUCAAUGCAUUCAAAACCCUGUAUAAUUUAAAAGAAAUUUCUUAUCGUUACAGAUAAAAGAUAACAGGCCAGAUGCUGAUAUGCAAAGGGUCAGAGGUCUUCUUGUCACGCAUCUUUCCCUCAACCAUUGUACAGGGUGUUCCGAAAUUACUGGUCCUUACGAGAUACCCCGUAAGGUCCGAUAACUUCACAAAGCCUUGCAUACAUGUUGCAUCUAACCGUUGGGAUUCCAGAAAAAUGUAAAAAAUCAUAAAUUUCCUAAAGAGCAUUUGCCUUGUCACUGGAUUGUGCAAUAGUGUCCUAUGCCCAUGACACAAUGACAAAAUUAUUGACAAUGAAUUUGUACCGUCUCUUUAAUCACUGUGUUACGAUGCAUUGAACGUAGGUCAAGUCUAUUUCUAUACUGAUAAAAUCCAAAGAAUUGACUUUGUUACCAUGCAUAGUAUACAAACUGGUCCUGCAAUGCAAAGUGGAUGGAAUGUUUUAUAAUCAAUAUAGAACCAAAGUAUCGAAGAUCUGAUGGUUGUAAAAAUAUUCUAUCAUUAGAGCAAUUCAUUAAUUUUUUACGUCUCUGGAUUGCUAUACGUAAACUCUACAUGAGAGUACAUGAUCCAAUUGAAGAUAAUCGGCUGUCGGGAUAAUUCCAACUCACACUAUAACGAGACGUAUAGGCUUGGGUCACUGCGAUAGGAACUAUAAGGGUCAUCUCCGGACUUUCAUGAUACCAGUCCGCUGCGGCAUAGCUACGAUCACACAUCAUGAGCCAUACAGACUGUCAUCCCAGGAAAUUUCUUCUGCGAUGUUAUAUGGGCAAGAUCCUUUUUAUAUUGGCUUUAUCAUUUUAUGGCAGCGUGGCAGAGAAUAUCUUUGAACCAGGGAAAGAAUAUGUGUAUUCAUACAAUGCCACUUCAAAUUCUGGUGUGCUGUUGCCUAUUACAGCUGCUUCGUCCUGGGGUAUUUAUGGGACACUGGUGGUCCAGGUCCCAGAGGAGGAUGUUGUUGUAAUGCAGUUGAGAGAUUUACAAAUGGAUAUGCAAAAUGGACCGCCUGAUGGGCAAAGAGAAUUUAUAGAUGUUGGGAGUCAAGUUAAUGAAAUGUCAAAGCCCUUUAAAGUGACGUAUAAAAUGGGAUUAGUUGAGAACUUUAGCAUUGAAGCAGAACCUGUUUGGACGACAAAUAUUAAAAGAAGCAUCGUCGGAAUUUUACAAUUGGAUUUAUCUAGUUUAAAAAAACAGGCAGCGUUUCACUCUAAAGAGGUCAACCAUUACGGUCAAUGUUAUAUUGAGUAUGUAGUCAGUCCUCAAGCGACCGAUGAAAUUUUCGUAAUGAAAUCGACUGAUCCAAGGACAUGCGUUGGACAUCCCUUUUGGAGUUGGAGUAAUGUUCCAGUAAUGCUGUGUCCGAAUAACGAUCAAAAUCCAGUAUUAAAAUCUAGUGAGAGACUUUAUAGGGUGAAGUCAAGUGAUGCCAAAAAUACUAUUUUAUAUAUUAACGCAACAGGAGGAAUAUAUGUGCAGCCAUUUCAAAGUCUCGGUGAGGCGCAGUUCCUAUUUACACAACAAGUUUUUACUUUGUUAUCCACGGACAAUCUAAGGGAUAAAAUCUCUACAAGUGAAUUAUUUACUACAACCAUUCAGCAUGUACUUCCGGAAAAUGAUUUUACUCAAGGAAGAGGAUUACACGAUAAAGAUGAUGUAUUUGAAUCUAUAGGAGUUUUGCUGGAUAGAUUGAGCCAGCGACUUGAAAAUCCUGGAUUGGAUACAGAAAUUCAUAAUUUACAUAAUACAACAAUUUCUCAACUUCUCUUCUAUCUCAGCAUGUUGGAUCAGGCCGACCUACAAGUGGCUUACAAUAAAAUAUCUGGUACCAGUUACAAAGAGGAAACCAUAAGGAAUAUGUUCCUCGAAGCCUUACCACAGGUCGGAAGUAAAGAAGCAGCCUUGUUUGUUCAAAAUUUAGUUUUAAACAGGAAAGUCUCGGAUAUAACUGCAAUAUAUCUUUUGACACAUUUACCAUUUCACAUAAGAAAACCGGACAUUCAAUUGUUAGUAAGUUUGCAAACUUUACUCAAUCCUCCUGAAAAAGUAUCGCCAGAGGUACACAAUACAGGAAUUCUUACAUACGGCACAUUAAUUUACAAAACAUGUCUGCUGUAUUGUCCAUAUGAAAUGUUGGACGAUUACGUGCGCCUUUAUCUUGACAAAUUUACAGAAAGCAAACAGUAUGAGAAGAAAAUGGUUUGGCUUGAGGGAUUGUCUAACAUACAGUUGGGGAAAGUGGUGGAAUUUCUGGAACCUAUAGCUAGUGGUAGUAAUUCCGAAUCUCGACAUUUGCGUUUUUUAGCUGCCUGGGCAUCUUUGCCAACUGCUCCUUUAAGACCAGAUGUGAUAUAUCCAGUCUACUGGCCAAUUUUAGUUAAUCGGACAGAACUUCUUGAAAUGCGAAUAGUAGCAAUGACUUUAUUAAUUGUUUCAAGUCCUUCAUCAAGUCGAUUGAUAUCACUUUAUUGGUAUAUGCAAGGAGAACCAGAUCAGCAUCUCUACAAUUUCUUUUAUACCACUUUAAAAUCAAUGGAGCAUACAAAUUUCCCGUGCUACACGCAGAUCGGUGGUAUUGCUGCACAAUUUACACGUGUACUCAGAAAGCCAGCGAGUAAUCAAUACAUAAUGACUGGCAAUUAUUUACUUGAUUAUCAAGAUACUUUCCGAAACUUUGGUGCUAUGUUACAUGCAAUUAUUAUUGCUGAUCCUCGUACAAAUGUUCCAACAGUGUCUCAUAUUACAUUAAACAAUCAUGGUAUUGGUACUAACUUGAAUCACGUGUCGCUGUAUAUCAAAGACGAUGGAAUUUUCACUGGAGUAUUAGAACAUUUACAGAAUUUUACUCGUGUUAAAGAAGUCUUGCAGACUUUUAAAUUACCAGAAAGAAUAGAGAAGCCGUUGCACAUGGAAAUAAUUGCAAGAGUACAACAGAAGGCUGUUCUGUGCAUGUACUUUAAUCAAACUAACAUCAAAAAGGCUUUAAAAAUUAUGUUGUCCAUGGUUGAAAACGCUUAUCAUGUGUAUGAGAAUAUGGAAUUCCAUAUUAAUCAACAACGUAUUAACGUACCUCUUACUAUGGAAUCCGUGCAAGUCACUGAUUUGGGUACUAACGUAAAAAUUGCUGGUACUGUCACAUCAUUGUUUUCUAUGAGAGGAAAUUUUACUCACACCUCUGUUGGUCGUAAUAAUCACGUUAUAUUACGUACAUCAAUUCAUGGAACUGAAUCAGUUGCCUCUUAUAAUCCAUUUACUGAUUUAUGGCAUGGAGCUGAACGUGAACAAUCUAUCCAUGGUUAUUUUCCUGUCAAUGUGACAGUUGGAAUUACGGAUAAAUUAUUUUUGUCGUACAUUACACCUAGUGAAUACAUUAGAACUGGAGUGACAGCUCAUGUAAGAACCGUGACGUCUGUUAUCAGUACCAGAAAGAGGACAAUAUUGAAAAAUAUAUGUAAAUCGUGUCAGGAAAUAUAUACUGUGAGAAAACUACCAGAAAAUACAUUAAAGGAUACAAAACUCUUUGAUGUGGAAGUUCCUGAACUGGGUGGGCAGUUGUGCGUAAAGGUAUUUGAUUGUGAAAGUCAAAUAUCACACGAUGAACUUCUAGGGGAUGUGCUAUCAUCACACCGUAGCAACUAUCAAAUUUGGCCAGUUAUUCGAUCUGGAAUGCUGGGUACACACGUGGUGGACUAUUUUACUUACGUACCUCCAGGAGGAAGCUGUGGGUUGGCAGCAUAUAUAGAACCCCACAAUUUGCAUUCACAAGACAGUAUUGGAAAACCAACAGAGGUGAAACUCGAAUAUAGUAAAAAUGAUCAGUAUCACGGGUUCUUUCUAACGCGUCGGGAAUUGGGAUCAUUGAAUGUGCUUCAAAAGUGGAGCGUUGUAAUUUUCUAUGAAACAACAAGUUGGAUAUCCGACAAGUUAAAAAUCAAAGCCAGCCGUACAGUACCCGGCGGAAAAGUCAUGAAAAUUUGCAUUAACAUUGACAGAGACAGUCUUUGGGAAUGGGACUUUUUAAGCACAAAACCAAGUGACCCAUCUUCAAUUAAAUUACAUAUCGCAUGGGGACCAGCCGAUUCGGCUGCGGGAAGAUGUACAGGUUCCUCCGUAUUAUUAAAUCUAGUUGGUGAAAUCAGUUCCGAGCAAUUAAUCGAAAGCGCACAGAAGAAAUGGCCUUAUCAGGAAUGUAAGGAACAAGCACGUGGAAAACGAUUCACUCCGUACACAGAAGCAUGUUACUUAGCUUCCAGAGAAUUAUCGACAUUACGAAAAUAUGAAAUAUUUGUCAGAUAUGAGAAUCUACCUGAAAAAUUAUCAAAGACUGCCUGGAGGCUACGUGCCAUUUAUGAUUUAAUGGGAGGAAAUAGUAGCGUUGCUUUGAAUACUGACCAAUUUUUUGUAACUGCAAUAUUUCCAAAGGACUCUAGUUCUGGAGAAUUGCAUCUCAACAAAGACAAAGUGGAUAUAAAAUAUAAUCCAUAUAUCGUCGAUUACUUUUUAACAAGAACAAGAUUGCAUAAAUAUAUGGACAAUCCACUGAUUCAAACAUUUUUCAGUAGUUGUGUAUUAACACCCACCAGUAUAAGGACAUCAUAUAAUGUGUCAAUUUCGUUAAACAAAGUUCAAGAGGUCCUGAUGCUCGGUGACUGUAAAGACAAUCCAGGUUUUACAAUAUCUGCUAUAAACAAUGCGGAUACUGUCAAUAUUAUUUUUAAUGAUGAAACUGAUAGCUUGAAAAUUAUUCCUAACGAAGAAGGUGGUGCCGUUUAUAAUUAUGAACAAUAUUUACCGUUACCACAAAACUUUCAGUUUCAGUCUAUGAAUCAAAAAAAAUUAAGGUUGGAUAAUAGAUCUGUAGAUCUUAUAGUUCCUGGUUUUUUAAUAUUCCUACACUGGACUCAAGAGCAAGUAUUGAUCAUUUAUCCAAAUUUUCGAAAAGAAUCUGCGUGUGGACUGUGUACUGCCACAAACUCGAAUAUAGGAGACGCAUAUGUAAAGCUCUAGAAACAUAUGUCAUGUAAUAAUACAUUUUGUAAAACGUAUUUUAUUCAUUGUUACGAAUAAAAAUAUAAGUGCCAUAUCGCAAUA